CGUUUCUUUUUGUGUUUGUUUCCCUCGGCUUCUUCGCACCGCUCCGACUGAAUUAGCUGAGAAUAACACGAAUAAGUAACCGGAAAUUGAAAUUGAGGAAUCAAUAUUUAAUAGAUUGCAGAGAAAGAGUGAGGGAAAAGUGAGUGGUGGUCUCUACUUGCGGCAAUGGCGGAUCGGGAGUGGAAAGGACUGGUAACGUACGCUUACAUUCUGCUCUACAUUGCUCUCUCCAGCGGUCAGAUCUUCUUCAACAAGUGGGUUUUGUCAUCAAAAGAAAUAAACUUCCCUUAUCCUCUUGGCUUGACUCUACUUCACAUGGUCUUCUCCUCUGUUUUAUGCUUUACGCUCACCAAAGUCUUAAAGAUUAUGAAGGUUGAGGAAGGAAUGACCCUAGAAAUAUAUUCUACAUCAGUUGUCCCAAUUGGUGCCAUGUUUGCAAUGACACUUUGGCUUGGAAACACUGCCUACCUGUACAUUUCUGUUGCUUUUGCACAAAUGUUGAAAGCAAUUAUGCCAGUAGCUGUUUUCAUUCUUGGAGUAGCAGCUGGACUUGAAUUAAUGAGCUGCAGGAUGCUUUUAAUAAUGUCUGUGAUAAGUUUCGGUGUUCUAGUGGCAUCUUAUGGAGAGCUAAAUAUCAACUGGAUUGGAGUUGUUUACCAGAUGGGAGGAGUUAUUGGAGAAGCUUUAAGACUUAUUUUCAUGGAGAUUCUGGUCAAAAGGAAGGGUCUGAAAUUAAACCCUAUAUCUGUCAUGUACUAUGUUAGUCCCUGCAGUGCGCUUUGCCUGUUUCUGCCGUGGAUCUUUCUUGAGAGACCAAAGAUGGAAGCUAAUAGAACAUGGAACUUUCAGCCUCUUGUGCUAACUCUAAAUUCUCUCUGUACUUUUGCUCUAAACUUAUCAGUUUUCCUUGUUAUCUCGCAUACAAGUGCCUUGACCAUUCGGGUUGCUGGAGUUGUGAAGGAUUGGGUUGUUGUCCUACUGUCUGCCCUUCUGUUUGCUGAUACAAAGCUAACUAUCAUAAAUCUGUUUGGUUAUGGCAUUGCCAUUGCUGGCGUUGCCGCGUAUAAUAACCAUAAGCUGAAGAAGGAAGCUAGAGUUACUUCUGAGGAUCCCCAAAAUCCUGAUUCCAUACCCCCGGCUGCUUCUUCAACUUCCAACAGAUAGUUCUAUGCCAAAGGAACAGUUGGCCAAGAUAUUAUUGAGUUUUCCCUGCACCAGGGUUUUGCUCGUUUUCUCUAGUAAAAAGCUGGACUAACUGGAUAAAGUAUACUCUGAAGUCGCAAAAUUUCAAUGAUUGUGAGAAAUUUUGGUAAAGAAAUUACUGGAAUCCAAAUUCAUUGCAACAGACAUGUUGCUGUCCAGGUAUGUAACUAAAUGAAUGGUACAAUGAAGUCCGCACUUUUGAUUGUGGAAGCUGGUAAACAAAGAAAUAAUCUCUAUAUAUCAUCUGUCUUGUGAGAAUCAGGGACAAAAAAAUUUCUGUACAAGACAUCAGAGUUGAAUUGCUGUUCUGUUUAUCCCAAACGGUUAUGCAAUACAUUGGCAAAGAUGCUACAUUUUAGACUUUGGAUUA